AUGGGGGUUUCCAGACUACCAGUUGAGUUGGUCAUCUACAUUGCCACCUUCUUUGAAUAUGACAGCGAUUUAAACUCGUUUUUAAGAACAAGCAAAUUCUUUUAUCGCUUGAUGAACGAUUCUCUAUAUCGACACAAUGUCCUCUAUUUCGGUAGCUCUGCCCUUGAAUGGGCAGCGCGAAAUGGUGUUGAGAGAACUGUGCGAAUGUCACUAGAAGCCGGCGCUUUGCCAAGUGCCUGCGUGGAUGAAGAAUGGCAGCCGAUGGCUUUAGCGGCAGCUCAUGGACAUGACAAAGUGGUCAAGAUAUUUCUGGAUUUAGGGCUUGAUCCAUGUCGAAAGGAAGGGUGGAGACCCCUUACAGAAAGGUUUCAGGACCAGUACGGGCUCGAUGAAGAGGGAUACCCCAACUUCGAUUAUAGGCCUGAGAGUGACCCGUUCACCCUCGCGCUUGAAAAUGGCCACGAAAAGGUUGUACGCUUGCUGAUCACGCAUGGUGUCAUGAGAGAUUGGAACAAUCAGAAUGCGAUCGAUGCUAUCUAUCUGGUUGUUCCCAGUGGGAACCUGGCAUUAGUCCAAUUACUGGCAGAACUCUUUCCUCAAAGCAUCACUGAAGCCAGUCAGUAUGGUGUUAAGUAUCCAUUUGCACUUGCGAUGGAGCAUAAAUACUUGGAAAUUGCUCGGUUUUUGAGUAAUUUGGGGGCCGAUGUAAAUGUUGCAUGCGACAGGAAAAUCACCCCAUUGGCUUUAGCUGCCAGGCUAGGCGAUAUUGAGACUAUCAAGUUUCUCGUGGAGGCUGGAGCCUGUCCGGAUCCUGAGAUGCAUGACGAUGCUACAUUAUGGCCUUUGAGAUGGGCAGCUGAACGUAAGAAAUAUGAUAUCGUGAAAUACAUCCUGUCAAAAAUUGACGUGAAUGCCAAGAUCUCUAAGAAAGGCGAAGACUUGGCUAUCCUUCUGUUUGUUUCGGCACUUUGUGGACUUGAGGGUCUUCUUCGGGAGAUUCUUUCGAGUGGAUAUGAUCCAAACAUCGUUUGCAGUCAUUCCUAUGCUGAUUACUCCUCAAUGCCCCGCCCAGCACUAUCCGCGGCCGCGGGAAGAGGGCAGGUUCAGAUCGCUGCUGUUCUUCUAGAACACGGCGCAGGAGUGUAUGGGGAGGAUCCAGAUGAGGACAUGGAGUAUGAUCCGCAAUAUCAGCCGCUCUUUUCGGCCUGUCAAGAAGGUCACAUCGAGAUAGUGAAGUUGCUGUUCGACCAUGGUCUCGAUCUAAAGAAGGCAGAGACCGAAGGAGACUCUGCUGUUAUUGCAGCCAUGGGGUUUCCUCAGAUCAUUGAUUUGCUACUUUCGCGAGGUGCAAACGGCCAAGCUGAAUUCCACCAUGACGGAACAAAUCCGAUCUCACAGGCUGUCAAGUACGGCGAUAUUGCAUCUAUGCAAGUCUUGCUCGACCACAAUGUGCCCCUUAAACCAUCCGCUUUUUUCGGCUCCAACCAAAGUUUGAUUGGUGAAGCAUCAAAAGGUGAGGGUGGACCGGCUAUGCUGAAUCUUCUUGCUAUGCAUGGUGUGGUGGCUCUGGCAGACGACCAAGAUGCACAGCAAGUGUUGAGAGAGACUAUCUCACAAGGAAAUGCAGAACUCACAGAAUUCUUCCUCAAAAAAGGAUUCGACCCAAAUUUGGAAUGGAAUCGCAACUCGCUCUCCCCAAGAUCAUACCUAGAGAAUGCGUUGAGAGCCAAGGAUCAAGACGCUGCAGAAGCAACGAUUACCGUGCUCCUGCGUUACGGUGCAGAUAUCAGAAAUCUCCAGGGCCACGCCCACGACUUCAUGGCCUAUAGGGGCGAGUCAAAAUGCCUUGCUUAUGCUCGGCUUCUUCUAGAUCGAGGAGCAAAUCCUCUUCCAGAAGAUCGCUUUGGUUUAUCGCUACUUGAGUUAGCGGCCAAGAACAACUUCAAAACAUUUCUUCGUGAGAUAUUGCGCUAUAUUGAUGCGCUGAGCCUACCAUUCGCUGAUAUACAUCGAAACUUCUCUUUGAUCAAGUCGCACCCUGAAGUACGGAAGAAUUGGCAUGCUAUGAACAUUUGGGAGAGCUUUUACUGGAGGAAUAAAUACCCAAUGGCUACUUGA